AUACAACACGCCCCCCAUUGAAUGUGUUGCUGCUAGUUCCGCCUUGAGUGGCACCAAUUUCGGUGGUAUGAAUUUUACGGUGUGUAAGGUGUGUUGCAUCGUGGUUCAAGGGGUUCAGUUAAUUGUUUUCGCGUGAAAUUAGUAAGGAACACCGGACAUGUGUCGGCCUUCAGCGGUGUUCGUGCAACUGCUGUAACUGGCUGGUGCGACUGGGCCCCCGAGCUGCACCUGAGGUUAACCAGGUUAGACAAGGCUUGCGACCAGGCGACUAGUUGGCCCACAAGUGAGACCAGCUCACUCGGCUGCAGGUGCAGUCGAAGGAACAGCGGAUUCCCUUUCUCUCGUGCAGCUCCGUGGAAGCCUUUCGAACGCUACAGCGGCCAUGUCUGGGGAAACUGCGGCCACCAGCGGAAGUGACCGGCCGAAGAUGGUUGAUGGUACACCAGGCGCCCCAGUCUCGCUGACGUUCAUCACGUGGGACACAAACGGUCUCGACCGAAGCAACCUGCGGCCGCGUAGUGAAGCCGUCUGCUCGGUAAUCCGAGCCGCCGACCCGGACGUGGUCUUCCUCCAGGAAGUGGUUCUUGAAAGUUAUGCAGCCAUAUGGCCGGCUUUUCGAAAAGACUACAGGUGCCUCCGAGGACACUACUGGAGCAACUCUACGGUCACCAUGCUGAAGAAAGCCACCACAGAGUUCAAGACGUGCCAUAUGCGACAGCUGAGACAGGGCCGGGUGCUGCGGGAGGUGGCGACGAUCGAGGCAUCGUUCGCGGGCCUCCCAAUCACGCUGAUCAACGCGGCGCUAGAAUCUGAUCAGGACAAGUCGAAGCUGCGUAAGAAGCAACUCUCCAGCUGUUUCAAGAAGUGCCUGAGGCACCCCGCUAACAGGACGGUCAUCUUCGGCGGAAACCUCGGCCUGCGCGGACAUGAGCUCAGUGACGUGGGUGGACGCCCGCGCUCCCUAGUGGACGUCUGGGAACACUGUGGCAGGCGGCGGGAAGUCCGCUACACGUGGGAAAUGAUGGUGAAUGACAACAAUUCCUUUGAGUUUAGUAAGAAGCCUCAGUACCGCCCCGACAGGGUCUACUUGAAGGCUUCUAAGCCUGCCACUAUGACGCCUGCGUCGUUCGACCUGAUCGGCAUGGAAAGGCUAAGCCCACUAGGUUGCUUUCCCAGUGACCACUGGGGUCUGCUGUGCCAUUUUAACGUGUUCUAGGCUGCGGCGUGGCCCGUAGUUGUGUUUAACACAUGCAAAGACAAAAUCACACGGUGCACAUUUUAUUUUUUAACCAUCGUGACUAAAUCCAGCAACGAAGUCUGUACUGCACAUAAGUCGAGCUAUGUGUGUGAAGUAUUUAUUGUAUGUUCUGACGUCUUGGCAAUGAAUGAUUAAGUUACGGUUCA